CGUAUCUAUGUUUGAACAAUGGUGGAGAAGAAAUCUAUAAAAGCCCUCAACAACUCCAACAAAGAGGUUAUUUUCUGUCUACCAUCAUCAAUGUUCUCCAAUACCAACUGUAAAACAAACAUCGAAUUCCAAAAUGCGUUUCAGCCUCUUCUUCCUCUCAGCUCUUGUAGCUAGCUGCUCCGCCGUGGCGAUCCCCGGCGAGCACUCUCAUGAUCACGACGUCGCCAUGAACAUGUCCCCCGUCCCCCGAGGCGUACUCGACAAACGUGACUCGUACGACUGCAAGGGAAGCUCCCUCUGCUCUUCUCUCAAGGUCGCGUCCUGCGACGAUGCGGUGAACAACAAGCUCAUCCGUAACAACGACGUCAACUAUGGCGCUCCGGGUGGACGACCUAACACGGGAGCUUGCUCCAACAUCUUUGGAGGCUACGGAUGCGGCGUCUUCAUCCAGGGCAAGUCCGGCUGUGCUCGUACCGGCAACCAGAUGUGGUAUGAUUACCAGGAUAUCCGUGCCAACGGCUGCAGGGUUUGUGGCUCCAAGCACUGGGGCGACGGAUGUUUGACCACUAUCAACUAUGUCUCUGGUUGCUAGUCUGUACAUGCUUUGAGCAUUUAGAGACAGUGUGCGUUGUUCAGCUGCUAGUUCGCGGCAUACGAUGACUCAAAGCAAAAUCCCGGAUGGCUUCUAUUUGUAGCUUUUGCAUCGGAACAGUCAUUACUUUGCCAGUUCGUAUAGGUUACGUAGAGAAGAUAUUACGCUCUUUACAUGUACGAGAGUUGCAUCCAUUGUCAGGGUAUUGCUCCCGUAGAGAGAAAUGCUGGCCCUGGGCUCCUAGCGUUGGUUCCUCUGAGCGUGUCAGUCAACGGCAGCAGCAAGCAGAAUGACAGGAUAACCAG